AUGACUACGGAACGACCCCCAGAGUAUCCCGCCGUCGCGCACCACUCCUAUGCGCCCUCAUCCGACGCGACGAGGCAUUCUAACCCCUCUUCAUCUACGCUCGCCACACUCGAGCCCUCGCAUGCGUUCCCGCCAUCCCAUGCGCCCGGCAGCCCCGAUCUGUCGUACCCAUUCGCCACGACAAACUUGCCACCAGGUAUCACCGAUGAGUACCGUGAGGUUGCCGAGUCUGGUCUCGUCCACCCGGGCGCGGAGCUCAUGCGCGCUGCGACCCGCGUGCCGACGAGGGAUCCGGAGAUGGCGAAGCAUAUGAAGGAUAUGAAUCUUGUUGUGUUCAAGCCGAAUGAUCCUGAGGAUCCGCGUACGUGGAAUACUGCAUAUCGAUGGUAUCUGACCGGUCUGGUCGCGAUGGCCGUCGUUUGCGUUGCCUUCGGUUCCGCCGUCAUCACUGGCGAUUUCGGAGACAUCGAAGAAGAGUUCGGCGUCAGUGAGGUUGUCACUGCGCUGAGCGUCUCGCUCAUGGUCGUCGGCUUCGGACUGGGACCUCUAGCAUGGGGACCGCUAUCCGAGAUGUACGGCCGCCGAUGGCUCUGGAUCUCAUCAUUCUGGAUCUACACCAUCUUCAACAUCCAGUGCGCACUCGCACACAACAUCGGCACGCUCCUGAGCGGCCGUUUCCUCGCUGGCCUGUUCGCGAGCUCUGCGCUCGUCAUCGCCGGCGGCACGAUCUCCGAUCUAUGGGAUAACAACGAGCGUGGAUUCGCUAUCGCGCUCUUCGCCGCUGCGCCUUACGGUGGACCUGUACUCGGUCCUAUCGUUGGUGGUUUCGUCGGCGAGACGAUCGGCUGGAGAUGGAUUUUGUGGGUCAACAUGAUCUUCGCGGGUGUUAUGUCUGUGUUCCUCAGCUUCAUCCCCGAGACGUACGCCCCCGUCAUCCUCAAGAGGCGAGCGCGCAAGUUGCGAGAGGAGACUGGAUCGGACAACUAUGUCACUGAGCAGGAGUUGUUCCCUCGUCCCUUCUCAGACUUGCUCAUCGAGACGCUCAUCCGUCCUUUCGGCAUGUUGAUCACCGAGCCCGUCCUCCUCCUCAUGUCCCUCUACAUCGCCAUGAUCUACGGCCUCCUCUACGCCUUCUUCUUCUCCUUCCCCGUCGUCUUCGGCGAGGACUACGGCUGGAACGACGGCCUCGUCGGCCUCUCGUUCUGCCCCAUCCUCAUCGGCGUCGCCCUCGCGCUCUUCGUCACUCCAUGGCUAGAGAAGAAGUACCUCGAGCAGGCGCGCAAGAAGGGCGGCAAGGCCGAUCCCGAGGACCGGUUGCUGGGCAUGAUGAUCAGCGCGCCGUGGAUCCCGAUAUCGCUGUUCAUCUUCGCGUGGACGUCGCCGCCUAUUGUGCCGCCUGGAGGCGGGCACUGGGUCGGACCCGUCAGCGCUGGCAUCCCCUUUGGAUUCGGAAUGGUCGUCGUGUACUUUAGCGCCAACGCGUAUUUGAUUGAUACGUUCCAUACUUGUGUCGCAUCCGCGCUUUCGGCCAAGACGGUCGUGCGUAGUGGUGCCGGCGCGGCGAUGCCGCUGUUCAUGGUGGCCAUGUUCCAUAAUCUGGGGAACGAGUGGGCCGCUACGUUACUUGCCUUCUUGGCCCUCGCAAUCGUACCUAUACCCUACGCCUUCUACUUCUACGGGAAACAGAUCCGUUCCCGCUCAAAACUGGCCGGAGCGGCGUAA